AAACGUUUAUUAAGGUAAAAUUUGAGACGUUGAGGGGAAAACGUUCAGUAGUAUUGUAUUUGGAAAUUCUCAUGAGAGAAUGGAGCUUCAUUAACUCACCACUCAGCAUCCAUAGUCUAGGAAGUGUUAUUGGGCCAUCCAGGCCAUGGCCUCCAGAGAAGAGCAGUCUACAGGGUAGGCUGUCGGGCUUAGAGUUUUGUGUUUCUCUAUGAAGCAUGUGCACUUGAGCUUCUACAGCCAAAAAAUCUUGGAGAUCAAGUGUGAAGAAGUUGGAGUUGGCAGUGCAUAUCAGAGAGCCGAUGGCCUUCAUUUAGUAGAUUGCAACAGUUUUCUAGUUAAAAAUUCAUGCAAAGCCACUUCAGUCUCUUCAGUGGGCUCUGCCUUUCGGAGUCCCCACCAGUGGGAACCAGCUAGCUCCACUCCCAUCCUAUCUAUGCUACCCACCGAUCUUACACCUCUGUUGUGCCCCACAGUCAGCAGUAGGUAGUCUCCUUGGUUGCAGGGGCUGUGGCUUUAAGAGCUGUGGAACCUUCCUUUGUGAGGUGUUCCGUAACCGCUUUGUUCGUGGGAACGCCCCACCACUGUUUAACAUGUCAGCACUGAGCAAGAAGUGUCUGACCUGUGCUGCUCAACCUGAUGAAAGAGAUGAGCACCUGUGGCAUCGGCCAGAACCGGGUCCUCCCAGAAGCCCAGGAAAACAAUGUGAAGAAACUGCUACCACGCCCUCUGUCUAGGGUGAAUGGCUGGUCACCACCCCUCCACUCCUUUCAGGCAAUAUCCUGGACCACCUACCUGGCCAUGUCCAUUGUCACCUUUGGGAUCUUCAUCCCCUUUCUGCCAACUAGCUGGAAAUAUGCUGCCAAUGCUGUGAUGGGUGGGGUGUUCAUGUUCCACCUCGUCGUGCACUUGAUCGCAAUUACCAUCGACCCAGCUGACACCAAUGUCCGACUCAAAAAGGACUACUUGGAGCCUGUGCCGACCUUCGACCGGUCCAAACACGCACAUGUGAUUCAGAACCAGUAUUGCCACCUGUGUGAGGUUACCGUGAGCAAAAAAGCCAAACAUUGCAGCUCCUGCAACAAAUGUGUCUCUGGCUUUGACCACCACUGCAAAUGGCUGAACAACUGUGUGGGCAAAAGAAACUACUGGUUCUUCUUCUUCUCUGUGGCCUCAGCUGCAUUCGGGCUUCUUGGUGUGUUGAUUAUCUUGUUGUACAUCUUCAUCCAGUACUUUGUCAACCCCAAUGGGCUUCGCAUGGAUCCUCUAUAUAAAGGUGCUGCAGUUUGGAUAGGUGCUGGAUGGACAUGUCUCUCUGUCUUCAUAGAGAUCAGCUCUGAGAACACAUGGCUGCUGUUCCUCUCACUGUCUCCUGUGCCUGUGAAGACCCCCGUGGUCCUUUCCAUCGCGGCGAUGGUGCUGCUGCUAGCCAUUGCCAGCUUUGUGCUGCUCGGGCACCUGCUUGUCUUCCACUUCUACCUGAUUUCUAAGAAACUGAGCACAUUUGACUACAUGAUGCAGACCCGAUUCCAGAAGAGUCCACGCCCAGCAGAGAAGAAAGAGCUACCUCCUCGGAAGAAGGGGAACGUUUCCCAGGAAAAGAGUAACAACUUGACUUGGCCUACGUCCCCAACCAGGCCCAGGGUGGAGCCCCAGAGGCUCCUGCUGUCUACUCUUUCGCCACAGUCAAAUGAGUGUUUCAUGGCUCCAGCUCCCAAGACCCCACCACAGUGAAGGCUAGUGGCAAGGAUGAGCCCUCUCUCGCAGUGGAAGUAUCAAGGCGUCAGCCCGAGAUCAUGAGGAGACCGUCUACUCUGUGGUGCAAGCUGCUGCUGAGCCGUGAUCUUCAGUAGAAUAUGUGUAUUAUGUGUAUUUUGGACUUAAGAUAUUUUCAAUUUAUGAUGAGUUCCUCAGAAUGCAAACCCCGUUGUCAUUCAAGAAUCAUCUACAUAGAAGAAUGUUAGCAAUGAUAGAGUCUAGGUGUUAAGUACAUAUGCAUUUUCACUUUCAAAUUUUCUAGAUGUUUGAAAAUUUUCACAAUAAAAUGUUGAGGUAUGACUUGGUAAAAGUAAA